AUGAAGCCGAGCCAGUUUAUCUUCGCGCUUUUCAUCGCGGUCGUGUUCGAAUCGACCUGUGCCAUUGAAUUCGACUGUCAACUCGAGACCGCCGUUGAGGUACCUGCCAGAGACGCCAUUCAUCCGCCGAACGCGCUCCGACGCCUGCAAACCACCACCGAGUUGUCUGAAACGGAGUCUGCUGGCUCAGCUUCUUCCGCCGAGUUGUCUGGCACGGAGCCUACAGGAUCGGCUUCUGCAACCGGCAACUCGGCGUCUGCUUCCAGCUCGACGGCUGAAACGGAAGCUCCGACGACGAUCAUGGUGCUGCUGCCCGACAACCUUGCACCAAGUUACUCUGGUUCCGGUAGUGUCAUGUUCUUCGAUGGAUCCGUCGGUGAUGAUGACAAGAAGGCGAGCAAGUCGGCCAGCUCCGACAGUGCCGCUGACGAAGCAUCCAGCGCGGCUUCGAGGCGCAACUUCGGGGUAGCGGUGAUGUUCACUGCCACCACGAUCCUGUCUGCUCUUCUGCUCGCGUAA